GUAAGAGGAGGGGGCGUUGGCCCGCCCGGAAGUGAAAUCGGCCGCUCGCCGAACAGAGAUGCGACUGUCGGGGCAGAGCUGGUGGUGCUAGGCCUAGCCGGGUCGUGCAGCUGUGCGUGGGGCGAAAAAGAAGAAAGGAUCCUCCAUGGGUUAAAGCUACCUUUCCAGAUAUUUCAACUAAGUCACCAGUUUCCAAGGGCAUUUGCCACCUACGGAAAACAUCAGAUUCGAGUAUACCAGAUGUCCUUGACAACUCAUCCCACCACAAAAUUUGCUCCACCAGCGGACAACAAAGGCAACCACUGUGUUUCUUUCCAUUACCAAGUAGAUAUAAUAUCCCUGCCAACAAGACAGAAUACACAAAGUGUCUCCUCGCAGUAUCACAACCAGUUGAGACCACGGUAAGAAAGUCAGCUUGCCUGGAGGAAGACCCCUUCUCUUCCUGGGUAGACACAGUUUGAAGGAGAAACUCUGACCUGUGCCACUGGUAAGUGACUUAACACUUUUACACACUGAACUGGUCCUGAGAACUGAGAUACCUUCUUUGUAAGUGAAGAAUAUACAACAUAAUCUUGAAGAACUGCACAGUGAUAGGAGCCAGAGGCAUACUGUGUGUGUAUAAUGGACUGACAAGUUAAUCUUGUUGAAGGAUUCUUCAUCUUUUGUUUCUAUUUGAUAGUUUUAGUAUUUUGCUGGCUUAGAUUGUUACCUUUUUCUGGUUUCUUCCUCCGUUCUAAUCUAAUGGGUCCCAGGAAUCCCUCUCCUGACCCCUUAUCAGAAUCAGAAAGUGAGGAAGAAGAAAACGCUAACUACCUAAAUGACAGUUCUGGGCAAGAGUGGGAUUCCUCUGAAGAAGACCCUGUGGUGCCCAACCUGACACCUCUUGAGAGUCUUGCCUGGCAGGUUAAGUGCCUUUUAAAAUACUCUACAACUUGGAAACCUUUAAAUCCUAAUUCCUGGUUAUAUCAUGCUAAACUCUUAGAUCCAAGCACACCAGUCCAUAUACUUCGAGAGAUAGGUCUAAGACUCUCUCAUUGCUCCCACUGUGUACCCAAACUGGAACCAAUUCCUGAAUGGCCUCCUCUGGCUUCUUGUGGAGUCCCGCCUUUUCAAAAGCCCCUUACAAAUCCCAGCCGGCUUUCUAGAGAUCAUGCCACUCUAAAUGGAGCACUGCAAUUUGCCACCAAACAGUUAAGCCGAACGUUGAGUAGAGCCACUCCCAUACCUGAAUACCUAAAACAGAUUCCUAAUUCAUGUGUUUCUGGUUGUUGCUGUGGCUGGUUAACUAAAACAGUUAAGGAAACAACCCGAACUGAACCCAUCAAUACUACUUACUCCUACACUGACUUCCAAAAGGCAGUUAACAAACUCCUAACUGCAUCACUGUAAACGUCCACCAUUUGUUCUGAUAUCUCUCAUAGAAAGUCACACACCCGACAGUUGAGACACUAAUGCCUUCUCAGCCAAACUAUGCCCUGUCCUAAUAAGCCCUUAAGCCCUACCAAGUACAGUAGUCCCAUAACUCAGCUGCAGAAAAUGCAUGGUGAGCAUCCCCUUUGAUAGACCCUGUAGAUGAAAUGAGAACUUUAGUAGAGAAUUAGAUAAAAGGGACUGUAUGAUAAAAAUUGACUGUUGUCCACACUCAGUUCUCUCCCCAAUUUAUUCUUCCUAUCUGAAUGGACUCUUAACUAGAUAUCUCAUUGCUAAUGGGAAGGAAGAAGAGUGAACCCCUACCCCUUUUGUUACCUAACCUUCAGAACAGCCAGUGGGGAAAGUGGGGACUUAGCUAUUCCCAAUAACACCUUUCUGAGUACACUCUUUUCUAACACUAAUUUCUAUGAGAUAGUUGAAUUAAAUUGAAUACCUAGACAAAAGAAAAUGGUGGGGCUAUGGAUUUACCUCCUGGCUUUUAUGUAGAUAGUCCUGCACACGGCACCCUUGAGAGUUCCCAUUUUGGGGGGAGGGAGUGCAGUUUCAAACCUAGCCCACACUACUUCAGACCAAUUAUAUUACCUGCAAUUACAGUAUAAACUUUUAUAUCACAGGCCCCACCAGGCCUAAAAAAAUUGUAACUGGGGACUAAUCAGACAUCUGUUCUGUAGGGAAGAUAUUUCCUGUAUCUUGGCAUUCAGACUUUAGCUAAGAGCAGAUCACAUUUGAAAAGGCCAGGGAAAAGAUGAAGAGCAUUUAUGCUUUCAAUAUUAACUGCUUGUAAAUUAAAAUAUUUCAUCUAUAUAAUGUUCCAGCAGUACUUUAUGCGCCGUUUACGUCCAUUGCAAAUUUUUCUAACUUUAAAGAACUUCACUACUACAGAACAUCUCAGCCUAGUAACAGUCUGAAGUUACAGUUUUUUAGCAUCAUUGUUUUUCUGCAUAGAUUAGCUUUAGAUUUUCUUCUAGCUGAACAAGGAAGAGUAUGUACCCUUGUAAAUGAAUCUUGCUGCAUUUAAUUAGAUGAGUUAAAACCUAGAAAUCCUACAUAAAAGAAAAUGCAUGAGACCAUUAAAUCUUUUCACACACCUACAGUAGAGUGAAACCAGUGUGUGCCCCUGGUUGACUGGGCAUCUGAAGGGAAUCAGCAAAUAGAUUGUUAAAAAUAUAUCCUAUAUCCUCUUUUAGUUUUACUUUUUCCGAUUCUCCAUAAUUAAGUGCUGUAUAUGAUAUGGCAUCGAAACACUGAAGCAUUAAUGGAAUCACAAAUUCUGUACAUGUAUAGCAACUUUAAGGAGAGAGGAAAAUGUCUAUAAUCCAAUGAGUAUUUCUACUGAGCCUUAGUUGUCUUAAGGAAAAAGGAGGGAACUGCAGUAGGUAGAAAAACUGUUAGUGGAAAAUUACUGAAUUGAAAAAUAUACUGUUAGUGUAACUGAAUGUAUCAAACUGUCUGUAUACAUGUUCUGUGAAACUGGGUUUUUAAAAUGUUAUAAGAACCUGUUUUUUGUUUUUGUUUUGUUUUAAGGGGGAGGUGGGAAGAGGUAGGGAGGUCUGAAAAUUAAAAGAUAUUGAUGUUUAUGUAACCAUAAUAUGUUCCUUUCCCAUGUGUGUACAUAAAAGUGCCUUGCUGAUGAAGCAUUUUUGCUAUUCACUCCAAAAGGAAGCCUUUCCCCAGCUUUGCAGCUGAAUAAACCAACGGCUUUGUACAUGCUGAA